AUGGCAAGAUCUACUGCCAUUAUUAUGAUUCCAGAUGACGCUACAAGCCCGCAGCGCCGUUACACCCUGAUGGUUACCGGUUAUGCGGGAAACAGCCGUUUGUUCACCAACAAGACCUCUCUGUCUCUGAGUGUCCCAAGCUUCUCCGUCUUCAUCCAGACGGACAAGACCAGCUACUGGCCGGGCCAGAUGGUGAAAAUCCGUGCUGUGUCCGUUAACCCGGACGGCAAGCCACACAAAGGCCCGGUGGACAUCACUGUUAAGGAUCCCAAGCGGAACGUGAUCCAGCAGUGGCUGUCACUGGAUGGGUUUAUGGGCGUGGUGACCACAGAGUUCAGCCUGGUGACAAACCCUCCCCUUGGCAUAUGGACAAUCGAGGCUUGGGCUAAUGAUGUGUAUAGCGUGAGGAACUUCACAGUGGAUUACUAUGUGCGCCCCAAGUUUGAAGUGUCAGUGACGACACCUGCCGUCGUCUACUAUGAAAAUAACCUGACGGGGAAGGUCCAUGCUCGAUAUACAUAUGGAAGGGCAGUGAGUGGAGUACUUAGUGUGGUGGUUGAAUAUGACUACUUUGGGAGGCAUGUUAAACUCAACAAGACCAAAGAGCUGAAGAUAUCCACGUACGACGAGUCCCCGCUGACCGUGACGGAUCAGAUGAAGAACGUGACCGUGACAGUGACACAGAGUCGCUACGGCCUGGACCAGUGGCGAGACGAGCCACCGCUGCCCCGGGGUCAAAACUCGUCCGCUCCCAAGGACAACGCGACAGAGUCGGGGGACACCCAGCUCACCAUGAACCUGGCGGUGCCCGCGGACGGCCUGGUACCCUUCCAGUUUCAGCUCGUAGACCGAGUCGCUGUGCUCCACAUUCAGGUCGGGACUCCUUUUAGGUUGGUUGCAGAAAGCAAUUAUCCCUUCACAGAGUUUCACUAUGUGGUGACCUCCCGAGGGCGGGUGGUGGCCGCCAGGACGGUGACCUUCACGGCCUUCUCCCUGACUCCCACGGAGUCCUGGGCCCCUGUGGCCCGAAUCGCAGUGUAUGGCGUCCGCCGGGACGGCGAGAUCGUCAAUGACGCCAUACGCGUUCCCAUCGGCCAAGUCCUGAGGAACAACGUGACCCUUAGCUGGGGUCAGGAAAAGGUGCAGCCCGAACAGGAAGUGGUGCUCGGAGUGACCGUGACAGAGCCCGGGGCGCUGGUGGGAAUUCGGGUGGCUGACAGAGCGAACCAGUGCAUUGGCCCCAGCAACGACAUCACAGACAAGGAGGUGAGUUUCCCAUUGGAUAAGAGACCGAUAAAGGAGGAAACUCCGACUCGACCACAGGGUGUGGAGCUGGAGCCUCGGGUGUGCAGGGACUCCCUGGAGACCUGGCUGUGGCUGGAGACCAACAUGAGCGAGCCAAAGAGGAGUCUCCAUUUCACAGUGCCAGACAGCAUCACCACCUGGUUCGCCAGCGCUUUUGUCAUGUCAGACAGCAUGGGUUUGGGGUUCACUUCUACACCAGCAAAGCUGACCGUUCUCCGGGACUUCUUCCUGUCCAUGACUCUCCCACCCUACAUCAUCCGAGGAGAGCAGCUGGUCCUGGAGGUCGAGGUCUUCAACUACCUGCAGCAGAGGCUGGAGGUCGCGGUGCUCGUGGAGGAGAACGCCUCCUUCGAGUUCGUCUUCUCGGACAAUGGCACCUCCCCCAGGGCCAGGGCACAGAAAGUCUCCGUUGGGAGCCAGGACGGCGCCUCUGUCCUUUUUCCCAUAAGACCCAAAGUCCUUGGCCCGAUCUCCAUUAAGGCGCACGCUGUCUCCGCUCUCGGCAGCGACAUGGUUGUUGGCACGGUUCUGGUAAAGGCAGAGGGAAUAGAGAAGUCAUACACAAAGUCUCUGUUCCUGGAGCUGCCCCCUGUGGAGCAGCACCUCCACAAAGAAAUCCUCUUCGACUUCCCCCCAGAUGUGGUACCGGGCAGCCAGAGAGCGGAAGUGGCAAUAGUUGGUGACAUCCUGGGCCCCUCCAUCACAGGGCUGGAGUCCCUCAUUCAGAUGCCGUAUGGCUGCGGGGAGCAGAACAUGAUCCACUUCGCUCCCAGCAUCUACGUACUGCAGUACCUCACCACCACUAACCAGACCAAGGAGGACGUCCGCGGCAGGGCCGUGACCUUCAUGAUGGAAGGUUACCAGCGAGAGCUGUCCUACCAGAGAGGGGACGGCUCUUUCAGCGCGUUUGGGGACAGCGACGCCUCUGGCAGCACGUGGCUGUCUGCGUUUGUGCUGCGGUGCUUCCUCCAGGCGCGCCCGUUCAUCUCGAUCGACACGGGCGUGCUGUCCAAGACGGCAGCGUGGAUCGUCAGCCAGCAGGGGGCGGACGGGGCCUUCCUGGAGCCAGGGAGGGUCAUUCACACCGAACUCCAGGGUGGGCUGGACGGCCCCAUCUCCCUGACCGCAUACACACUGAUGGCACUGCUGGAAGACCAGACCUACAAGGACCUGUACUCUGGCACAGUGGCCAAGGCGCUGGCCUUUCUGGAGUCUAAGGUCAUUCAGGGGAUUUCCAGCAACUACAGCCUGUGCCUGGUGGCCUAUGCCCUGUCGUUGGCCCAAAGGCCUUCCAGCGCAGAAAUGGCCCUGACAGAGCUACUGAGCAGAGCAGAUGUACAAGACGGGGUCGUGUUCUGGAGCUCUGUGGAUGUGGUGGCGGCCUCUUGGCAGCCACGCUCGGCCGACAUCGAGAUGGCCGCCUACACCCUCCUGUCCCUCUACACGCAGGCGAAGGUGGUGGAGGGCUUCACCCUCAUGAAGUGGCUCAGCCAGCAGCGAAACCACCUGGGAGGCUAUGGGUCCACUCAGGACACCAUAAUCGCCCUGCACGCUCUGUCACGUUACGCAUCUUUCAGCGGGUCACAGGCCAUCGACCUCAGGAUUAAAGUCACCACCUCGCCCUCGCAGACCGUGGCCAACUUCACCAUCAACUCCAGCAACUACUUACUCCGCCAGAGCCAGGAGAUUCAUCCAAGGGGAAACAUACACUUAAAUGUCUCUUUGGAGGGAAGAGGAUUUUCUCUCUUUCAGCUGAAUGUGUUCUACAACCUGGAGAGUGGGAACCUGUCGAGGAGGCGGAGGGACACAGCCGACCGCGAGGCCUUCGAUUUGACCGUUGAUGUCAGAGACGACGAGCAGGACCUGAACCACAUCUCCCUAUUCAUCUGUACCAGGUUGCUGGAGAACCAGCGCAUCACUCAGACGGGCAUGGUGCUGAUGGAGGUGGGCAUGUUCAGUGGGUUCGGGCUAGCUGAGGGCGGGGUCUCAACCGAUGACCUCAUAAGGAAAGUGGAAACGCCCCCCGGUAAAGUCAUCCUUUACUUGGAUUCGGUGACCACAUCCCAAGCGUGCAUGGAAAUCCCGACAGUGAGGCACUUCAAAGUGGCCGGCGUUCAAGAAGCUCUGGUUGCUGUCUAUGAUUACUACGAGCCCCGGCGGAGGGCGGAGAGGACGUAUCGCUCCGAGGUGCUGCAGCGGGCUUCCUUCUGCACAUUCUGCGGGGACGACUGCCGGAAGUGUGGCGAGAGGCCGAGGUCUGGCGCUGCAUCCGUCACCCGCUCGCGGCACCGGGACACACCCAUUCUCGCAUGCGCGCUGGUCAUCAUCAUAGCAACCAUCCUCUGA